ACAGAAAGAGAAAGAGAGAGAGAGACGACUGGAAUGUGAAAUUGAAACUUUGUCCUAAUUCGGAAAUUUGAUACGUUGCGGAGUCGACUGAACCGAUACCGGUUCCUUUGGUUUACUGGUUGAACCGCCGGCCGAGCGGUUUUCCCAAAAUACGCCAGUUCAUUCUUUUUAAAACGGUUCCAAAAGCCGCCAUCUGGACCCCGUUCGUUGUCCAUUACCAUUCCAUUCCAUUCUCUUCCUGGGCACUCAAGGCCGCGUUUGGAUUAGUGAAUUUGGGUUCGAACAGAUUUCAAAUCGUGUCCUCCUCAUCUCUUUCUUGUUCUGAUCGAAUCCUAGUUUUUACGAGGCUUCUUGGUCUGAUCUUUGCCCCUGAGUUGAGGCAAUGAAUACAAUGGAAUCAGCUCUUAUGGAUAUAGUCAACACUACUUUGGAUUGGGUGACAUUCGCAUUUGAGGUUCCUUUUGCUCGAGCUUUUGUUUUUGGAGUGCACAUCCAUGGGCAUCUAUUUGUGGAGGGCCUUCUUGUAGUUGUUAUUUUGUUUUUACUUUCCCAGAAAAGUUACAAGCCUCCUAAACGGCCCCUUACAAAGAAGGAAAUAGAUGAGCUAUGUGAUGAAUGGGUUCCAGAAUCUCUUAUACCUCCAAUUACAGAAGAGAUGCGAUAUGAGCCUCCAGUAUUGGAAAGUGCUGCAGGGCCACAUACAAUAAUCAAUGGCAAAGAAGUUGUGAACUUUGCUUCAGCAAAUUACCUUGGAUUUGUUGGACAUGAGAAGUUAAUUGGGUCAUGUACUUCUACACUGGAGAAAUAUGGUGUUGGCUCUUGUAGUGCUCGUGGAUUUUAUGGAACACUUGAUGUCCACCUUGAUUGUGAAGCCAGAAUCGCUAAGUUUUUGGGAACUCCUGAUUGCAUAUUAUAUUCUUAUGGACUUUCCACCAUAUUCAGUGCAAUUCCAGCUUUUUCUAAGAAGGGGGAUAUUAUUGUUGCGGAUGAGGGUGUCCACUGGGGAAUACAAAAUGGCCUUUAUCUUUCCAGAAGUACAAUUGUGUAUUUCAAGCACAAUGACAUGGUGUCUCUACAAAGUACUCUGGAGAAAGUUACUGCAGAAAAUAAGCGAGCUACGAAGCUAAGGCGCUAUAUUGUGGUUGAAGCUGUGUACCAGAAUUCAGGUCAAAUUGCUCCAUUAGAUGAGAUCAUCCGAUUGAAGGAGAAAUAUCAUUUCCGUGUCUUAUUGGAUGAGAGCAACUCUUUUGGUGUGCUUGGCAAUUCCGGAAGAGGUAUCACCGAGCACUAUGGGGUUCCGAUUGAGAAGGUAGAUAUCAUAACUGCUGCCAUGGGACAUUCAUUGGCCACAGAAGGAGGAUUCUGCGUAGGAAGCGUUAGAGUCACUGCUCAUCAACGUCUCAGUAGUUCUGGUUAUGUCUUCUCUGCCUCCUUGCUGCCGUAUCUUGCAACUGCUGCUAUUACUGCUAUUGAUGUUCUGGAGGAAAAUCCUGAUCUUACUACGAAACUGGACAAAAAUAUUGCUGUACUACACAAAGGAUUGUCAAAUAUACACGGCCUCAAGAUUGUGAGUGACGUGAAAUCCCCAAUCGUCUUCCUCAGACUCAAGAACUCCACAGGAUCCUUGAAGAGCGACUCACAAUUGCUUGAACAUAUUGCUGAGCAGGUAUUGAAGGAAGACUCAGUCUUUGUUGUGACUUCCAAAAGAUCAAUGCUUGAUAAAUGCCGUCUACCUGUGGGAAUCAGAUUAUUUGUCUCAGCUUCUCAUUCCGAAUCUGAUCUGCUCAAGGCCUCUGAAUCAUUGAAGAGAGUUGCAGCAGUGGUGUUAGCAGGUCAUGAUUGAAUCGAAUAGUGCAGAUCGGAUCUCAUUUCUUUUUCCAAUGAUCUUUCGAACAUUUCCCAGAAAAAUUUUAUUUUUAUUUUUUUAUAGGUGCAUUUUGUAGUACUUGUAUUAUUAGUUUUUUUUUUUUUUUUUUUUUUUAACACCACUUGUAUUAUUAGUUUGAAUUACAUGUUUUGUCUGCGUCCACUUCGUAUUAACUCUCAACUUAUCACUAGGCACUAGUUUAACUUUACCUCAUUUUGGAAUUGAAAUAUUUUUGCAUACCGAGAGGCUAUAUGUGGUAAAGUAUUUGGUGUAAUUUUUGUAUACUACUUAUGAGACAAAAUUAGUUUAAAUAAAAUCUUAUUAUUGAGAAGCA